GGGAUAUGUAGCACGUUGUGUGCAAUAUUGGGCACCUAAUAUUCAGGAAAAUACAUGCAUUUAGCUCUUUUGCAAAGCUUCGCUAAUUUGGGUUUUUUAUGUUUAACUGCUGUCGAUGCUUUUCCUGGCGGGUUCGUUGUCGCCUCGGGAACUACGUAUUGGACUACAUGUUUGUAACACGUUAUUAAACUGUUAGUUUCGCCUGACCGAUGCUGGAAAACCCUGGGAUGUUGGAUUCUCCUUCUGGCGACCCGAAUGCUUUGAAGAAAGAUGUAUCUGACCUAAUGGCAGAUGCGCGUAAAUCAAGGAAGGCAGUAUUCAGAAGAACAAUCGAUUAUAAUGCUUCUGCCAUCAAUUACCUUCAAAACAGGAUUUGGGUCAGUAGGGACUUAGACCGUCCAAUGCUCCAGCCGGAUUACUUGUGGAGUCCUAAGUUGUGUCCUCCUAGGAGUUAUAUGAACUCUCCCAUGAAUUGCGUCAUGUCGAAGCCUGUUCGUACAUCUACUAACAAAAAUAAAUGCCCCAUAUAUUGCGUUUGUGUAGGUAGACACUUUUCUUACUAUUUCGUAGUGGACACCUGAAGGGAGGCGGUUGAUAACAGGAGCUUUCAGUGGUGAGUUUACUUUGUGGAAUGGUUUGACGUUCAAUUUCGAGACUAUUUUACAGGUGAGGCAUUUAUAUUUCUUUGUGUUUAUGACGAUUUUACGGGCCCUGGUUUUGUAGUCUUAUUGAUCCCGAAUGAUUCUGUAGUCGUUCACCGAAUUUGUAAAUAUCACCAGUUCGCUUUUUGUACGUAUAUUAUUGGAUUAUCAUCAUGCCCGUUAAUGAAGGGUUAGUAAAAUUCAACACAAUUUCGGUUGUAGAAAGUAGUGCUUAAAAUCACCUAGGCUAUUCUAUGUUUCAGUGUAUUGAUGGCUUACAACGAAAAGCACUGCAUACGUUGUCUUCAAUGUGAAGUUCCUCACAAUUGCCCCACUAGUUGCAUUACUAAUUGUAUAUUCCUGUUGCGCCCAAUCUGCGACUCACCGUUAAGAUGAAGUGUACCAGCAGUCUUGUCACAUACUCCUCUCCGUGUCAGAUCCAUUAUAUAUUUGGACAUAAAGUCUAGGGUGAUUUUCACUUCGAUCGGUUUUAAUAUUCCUUUCAUCAUAUUUAUUCAGUCUUUUGAAAACCGUUCCCGUUAACCUUUCAUCGAGGAAAAUCCCAUAGUACUAACUAAUUCGUGCUUCUGAUAAAUCACCAUGUAACCAAAAGAUGCCUUCAUUAAGCGUAUUGAAAACUAAAUCCCUAGUUCCUCUUACAUUGUGGACUGCUUGUGGUCGCUGUGUAACUGCCAGACAUUCUCUUUUUAUAUACUUACUAAGAACGACAGUAUAAAUCAAUCAGUUUGUCCAGAUGUACCUUUUCAUCCUAAAUAUGAAGUUCUAUGAAUUUCAGUCUUCGUUCACUCAUGUGUUAUUCUAACAAAAUUUUACUACUGGCAUCAGUAAGCAGCUGAAGUCUGGACUGAAAUCAUGUUUCUUAUCCAUGUUCCUGCUUGUUUUUAUAUUUUAUUUAUUUAAACAGAAAUAUUGACACAAGGAAGCACCAGAUAAAUAUGCGCCUCACAAAUCUCAUUUGAUUUGUGUGAGGGCUGUGAUACUGCCCAGACUGAAGCAGGUGGUUUUCUUAGGGGACCACACCCCGAGCCUUCGACCUGAAGGUCUGAUCCACAAGGCAGUGGAGCAUCGUGAGGAGAUGCAGUCCCAUGGUAGCCGGUGACCAACAACUGGUUCAUUCGCUAUUUGUUCCUUCAGGAUACUAAAGCCCAUGUGCACCAUUAGUUUGGAAUCAGGGUUUUCCAACUCCCCUAGGUGAACUUACCGUGCCCACCAACCCGGUCAAAGCGUCUGACAUUCGCUUUUCGUCCUCUCAAUUUCGUAUACAACACCCCCGCCACGAGAAGGCAGUGAGUAGGACUUCCCUGACAGAGGCUAUAUAUUCGCGUGGCCAUGUGAGAGCGUUUUGAGAGGGAGAGCGGACUCUCGGCCGUACCAGGGCAUUUGGGGGCAAAGUGAAGGGGGCACCCGGGUAUGGCGGCUUGUUCCUAAUUGGGUUCUCCUUUAUUAUACUUGGGAUCUCAUAAAUUUCAUGGAAAGUCAUUAGUUCCUGGGACCUGCCGUUCCAAUCAAAUUUUCACUCAAAAAUAUCUCUUUGUGAGACUGGUAAAACAUCGGUAUUUAUAGUUGCGUGUAGGAUGUGAUCUUCAUGUAUUUUGACGCACCACUUCUGGCUCAAAAGACCUAAAGGAGGACUACAAAUUCUUUUGUUUCUAUCAGACAUGCUCAUCAGUUCACAUUCUGUGACUAGGGAGAUACCACUUCAGUAAUUUCCGGUUAACAUUUUUAAAAGACAAAUAAACCUCUUUUGUAUAUGUCAUUUCUGGUUGUACUUACCAGAGUACUCAAAUUUUGUUAACGAUUUGGACCUUGUACUGCGCGUAUACUAUGCAACACAAAUAACUGGAUUGGCUAGGAUAAAUAACGGUAAUUCUUCAUCACUACCAUAAACCCAUUUUUGGGGAGAUGUUGAGUAGCUUUCCAUCAGAUCGUGGUAUCGUUUCCUGUGUAAAUGCCAUGACUAAAAUAUUAUUGCUUAUUUAGGGUAAUAACCUAGAUUGCAUAUUCACAUGUAUUUGUUGGGUUACGUAUUUUAUGUGUUACCCAAAUGUAUUUUCUAGUUCUCAUUUCCGAGGGAUCCUCGCAUGUAGUUCUGUUUGGUAUUCGCGCUAGGCUUGUCUUUGAAAAUGAAGUCACCGUUAUUCAUAACAAAUUUGUUUCGGGACUUAUAAAGUGAUAGUUUACUCAAAUAUUUUUUCUACAAGUGUCGUUUCAUUACUCAUUGAUUUAGCCACCUUGAUUUCUUGUUAAUUUUACGGUGAAAUUUCUAAUGUGAGUUAUUGAGCUAUACUUUUUACCACAGGCCCAUGAGUCGCAAAUCCGUUGUAUGAAAUGGUCUCACAACGAAGAAUGGUUACUCACUGCUGAUCAUUCUGGAUAUGUAAAGUAUUGGCAAGCUAAUAUGAACAAUGUUGAAAUGUAUCAAGCACAUAAGGAACCAAUUCGUGGCGUAAGUUUCUGCCCAUUCGACAAUAAAUUCGUUACCUGCAGUGAUGAUUCUACCGUACGUAUUUGGGAUUUUCAUCGUUGUGCUGAGGAGCGCGUGCUCCGAGGUCACGGUUCUGAUGUUCGUAGUGUAGCUUGGCAUCCUGUCCUUUCUCUCAUAAUAUCUGGUAGCAAAGAUGCACAGCAACCUAUCAAAUUAUGGGAUCCCAAAACAGGCGAAUCUGUAUCUACAUUGUAUGUACAUAAAAAUACUUGUACAGAUGUUUCGUGGAAUGAUAAUGGCAACUGGUUCUUAACUGCAUCCAGAGAUCAUUUGAUUAAAUUAUUUGAUUUACGUAAUCUUAAAUCAGAGUUACAAACUUUUCGGGGUCAUAAACGUGAUGUUAUGCGUGUUGCAUGGCAUCCAUUUCAUGAAUCCCUGUUUGUAAGUGGUAGUGCUGAUGGUGCUAUUUUUUACUGGCUCGCUGGGACGGACACUGAACUUGGAGCUGUAGACAACGCCCAUGAAAGCAUGAUUUGGAGUCUCGCUUGGCAUCCAUUUGGACAUAUUUUAGUUUCUGGGGCAAAUGAUUUUGCCACAAAAUUCUGGACGCGCAAUCGUCCAGGUGAUGUUCUCAAAGAUACAAUCAGUGCAGUUGGUUCAGACAACCUUGUUCAAGCCGCUAGUGCAACGAAUUUGUUAGCUAACACAUAUUCAUUUGGAGACCCAGAAGUUGUUGAUAAUUCACUUAAUAUUGACCUGUUUAAAUUACUCACCGAGACACCUAUUUCCUCCAACCGGAUAGAUACUCUUGAUGAUUUAGCAUUUUCUACUAAUCCAAAUGACUUGAGCACAACUGAGAUACCCGGACUUAAUGAAGGACCAGUAACAGAUUUAAACAUAACUGAUACUGAUGAUCCUGAAGAGCGUGAGAAAAACAAACUCCGGAGUUCUAGAACUAUUCCAAAGGAAUUUGCUGCCAACUGGGCAAGUACACGGAUCACAGCAAUGCCAACUGUAAUGAUGGCCACACCUAGUCCAUCAGCAAUCGCUGCUGCAGCUGCAGCGGCGGCUGCCGCUGUCAGCAAUCUGAAUGCAACGCCGCAGUAUUUACCCCCGGUUAAACCACCUGCUUUGAAUAAAGAAAGGUUAGCGCAAAGGGCUGCCCCAAUCGAUCCAUCAGAACCGGAAGCUAUAGUAGAUCAAAUACAAGACAGAGGUUUUUGUAAGCCCAACCAAACACCCUUUGUUGAGCAACCAAUUGGUGAGAUGAGCAAUGGUGUUUCCACUCAUAAGUAUGACCAACCACCUUUCUCAGAAACACUGCCACCGAGGGGUUUGGAACAACAUGUACCGAUUCCUGAACACAAUGUAGACAUCAGAAAUAAUACAAACCCAUCAUUAAACUGGAAUCAACGAAAUGAAGAAUUUCCUUUACAAACUGAACACAACGUACCUUUACAAACAGAACAACCAAACAAUCUAUAUCGCGAGCCGUUUAGUGGGCCUCCACAACUGUAUAACGAACAAGAGAACUUUUUGGAACCAAAGCCAUUUCCCAGGCAUAGAGAAGACAGAGAUUACAGAGAUCAUGAACACAGCGAACAGUUUAGCCGGCCUUUCCCUGAAAAUGACAAUUACUAUAAUGGACCCCCUGGUGGUUUCAACAGUGGAUCAUCACAUGGCCAUCAUAAUCGUAAUGUGAUUCCUAGCGAUCAAAUGCAUCCAGGAGAAAGAGGUCGACCAUUUUCUCCUAAUGUGGAGAAAUAUCCGUACGACCGAAGAGGUGAUCGACCUCCGCCAAUGAGGCAGAACUAUGAUGAAGAUAGUUGGGGUAGGAGAUGGCCGGAUAACAGAAACACUCCUGAUCGGUUCGACUAUCCCCAGGGUCCACCUAGACGUCCUCCGCGAGAACACAGGCCGCCGCAUCCAGAUUUUUAUCCUGAUCCCCGACAUCCACUCCCUCCUAACUUUGUCCCUCCACAUAAACGUCCACCUCCAAUGGGACCUGGUGGUCAACCGCCUGAUCAUAUGAGAAAAUAUCCCCGACAAGACCCUUCUCGAACCAAACCACCAUGGACUGGAUACAAUCGGUGGUAGCCCAGAAUUAAACAGUCCUUGUACAGUCUGAGCAGCACUGAUGCUGCUCUUCUCCAGUUACAUUUUUACACUCUUAAUAAAUGCUUUAUGUAUAUU